UGCUAGGCAUCAUUGGAUGAGUUGAUAGUUGAUGGAAGUUAGAGUUUGAACACUGGAUAUUUUUAAUUUACGUAAAAGCGUUUUUCCAGGCCAAAACCAUGGUUAAACGUAAGCAAACAGCUUUAAUUGAUAGUGAUUCUAGCAAUGAUUCCGAUAGUGAUCUGGAUUCGGAAUUCUUGAAGCUAGCAAAGAAACGAACUGCAAAAAAGCGUUCCCCACAGACAAAAUCGUCAGAUGAAGGCUCAGAAAGUAACGAAUCAACGAAAAGUAGUAAGAAGAAACCUAAAAAAGACUCAGCAUCAGAAUCUGAAUCAGAAAAAAAUGGCAAGAAAUCAGCAAAAGAAGACAGUAACUCAGAACCUGAGGAAGGAGAGGUUUCAGACUCAUCAAGCUCAGAAGAAGAAUUCAACGAUGGAUAUGAUGAUCAACUCAUGGGUGAUGAAGAAGAUAGAGCUAGAUUGGCAGCGCUUACAGAAAAAGAAAGAGAAACAGAGAUAUUCAAGAGAAUUGAACAAAGAGAACUCAUGAAAACUAGAUUUGAAAUAGAGAAGAAACUGAGACAGGCAAAGAAAGCUGAACGAGCCAAGGACAAACCAUCAAAACCAAGGGAUAAAGAGAGAGACAAAGAAAAAGAUAAAGAGUUUACUAAUAAACUACAGAAUGACUUUAGUUCAAUUGACCACAAAGAGAGAAGUAAGGAACGUAAAAAGAACAUUGAGGAAAAUAGGGGUAAAGUUGAUAAAAGAGUAAACGCUAUGGCUGAACUUAAAGCUAGAAGAGAGGGAAAAAUAAGGAGGGAAGAAGCAGAGGAAGAGAGGAAGAAGCAAGAGGAACAAAAGAAAAAAGAGGAAGAAGAACAAAUUGUUUUAUCAAAGAAGAAUGAGACAAAAUUGAAGGCAUCAGAUAUUUACUCAGAUGACAGUGAUAGUGAUAACGAAAAGCCCACUCAACCCCAGACGACGACAACAGCGUCCGUGCGUUCCCGUUCGAGAUCUCGUUCCCGUUCCCAAUCCAGUUCCAGCUCGAGUUCCAGCAGCAACGAAGAGGACGAGGAACAACGCCGACCUUCGUACGUGCCUUCCAGGCUGGAUCUGAACCUGAUCAGGCUGUCCAGGCAUAAGCUGGAACGGUUCGUCCACAUGCCGUUCUUCGAUAGGAUAGCCAUGGGGUGCUAUGUUAAAGUGGGCAUCGGGCAACACGACAAUGUGCCUGUGUACAGAGUGGCUGAGGUCAUUGGGGUGUACGAGACGGCGAAGAUUUAUAAUUUGGGGAAGACCAAGACGAAUAAGGGACUUAAAGUUAGACACGGCAACCAAGAGCGCGUUUUUAGACUAGAAUUUAUAUCCAAUCAAGAGUUUAGCGACCCAGAAUACCAGAAAUGGAUAGAAGCAAGUGCAGCAGCUGGCAAUGCGUUGCCAACGAAAAUCAGGAUAGAACAAAAACAGGCUGAUAUCAAAGAAGCUAUCAGUUACGAGUUCAACGAGAAAGACGUGGAACGAAUAAUCGAAGAGAAGAAGCGCUUCAAAUCCAACCCGUUCAACUACGCGAUGGAAAAGGCGCGACUUAUGCGCGAGCGUGAAGCGGCUUUGACGCGAGGCGACGAUGAACAGGGGCGCGCUUUAGGUCAGAAAUUGUCGGACCUGGAAGAGAGAGCGUCGGAGUUGGAUAAACUGAGGACGUCGACGAUCAGUAGUAUUUCGUACAUCAACGACAGGAAUAGGAAAAAGAACGUUGAGGAGGCUGAGAAGGCUAUCAUGGCGGAGGUCAAGGCUAAUAAAGGAAAGAAAGAGGUAGCCGUCUAGGACUGUGAUAACACACCAGAAAUCGAAUGCCUGAAUACCGGAAGACUACCUCAAGCAUGCUUUGGAUGAUUCUCCAGUCCAGGUUGUCCAGUUCACAUGCCAGCUUAGGUAUUGCCAGUUUUCUCAGGACCUCGGCAAGCAACACUUUAAGAGAACACAAAGAGUAUCCAGAGAGAAGAUCUUUCGGCUGAUGACCCGUUCACGAGACGUUCCACAAAGCCAAGGAUGAACUUCAAAGCUGGCGAGAAAGAGGCUAGAGAGGCUUUAGCUGCUAGUACACCAGUGGAACAGAAGAAAGAAGAGGCUCCGACGCAAAGGGAAGUCGCAAAAAAGUCAGCCCAACCGGCGCAAGUCUCGCAGGAUGAUCUCUUCUCGGCGCACGAUUUUGAUAUUAAGAUUGAUCUAGAAGUGCCCCUACCUGUGACUCCAGUAAACGUAGUUCCUAAAACAGUAACAAAAGACUUAACACCAAGACGUAGUUUGAAUCUUCAAGAUUACAAAAAGAAACGAGGUCUUAUAUAGUAUUUAUAUAAGGAAUUUCGCGAAGUGACGAUAUUGACAUUGAAUUUACUCAGAAAUGUGAAAGUAUUAAGAAACCUGACAUUUUGAAAUGUUGAAACUUUGGUAUGUAGGUCUAUGUACUUUAAGUGAUUUAUGUAUAUAAUUUUUAUUUUACGUAUGUCCAUUAUAAUAUUAUAUUUUAUCAUAUGUUUAAAAAUAAACUUUUUAAUUAGUUUACAGUAAAGUGUAAGUUUGUGAAAGGAAGUUAGCUUAAGCUAAGGUUGUAGAUUGCAGACAAGGAUGAAGUGGUAGGAUGUUAGUUAAUUUUUUCUUGAUACGAUGACAAAACGGGCUCAUAUUUUACGGACUGCAAUUAACUUUGUGGAAAACUUUGUAAAAAUGGUCUCAAGUCCGAAUGGAUAGUCGUUUCUUCACUAAAGGCUUCCUUAUUUUAAGAACGCCUCGUUUAUUUUGAGACAUAGGAUUGUGACAGUAAAUAUCUCUAGGACAAAAAAUACAUUGUUCAAUAUGAGACCUCUUUAUUGCAUAGUCUUUAACUUAAAGGCUUCCUUAUUUUCAGGAAAUUCAAGGGCAUAUCCAUUUUAGCCAUUGGUAUAGAAUUUCUAGGGGAUAUGCCAUAACAUCUUUGGUCAUGCUGUCAGUCCGAAAUUUUCAUCGUACAAAUCUCAAAAUUGUAUGCAAUUAUGUCUUGUAAAACAUAACCGGGGUUUUCUGGAAAUAUCACUUUUUCAUCAUUUUUUGAGUGCUAUUGCGAAUCCUGGCGCAUCCGUAGACGGCAACAUCGCGUUUGACGUCUUGUGCUCUAAUGAUGCGCUGUAGGCGAUCCGCUGUGGAUAUAGUUCACGACAGACUUAUAGUGACUGUUUACAUUUUUUCUGCUUCUUUCUGGUACCGACACGCGAUUAGUAUGGUCAUAACACCAUAAAUAAUGAUGAAAGCUGCUUCAUCUUCCGCCUGCCGUUUAGUUUCGUUUUAUUUCUUAAUAUGCUCCUGGCAUCAAUGAUUAUGCGGCUUGUGACCAAAUUUGAUGAAAUAUUACGCGAAAAACAAGAUAUUCCUGAAACAAUCUUCUUAUGCAGAUUUAACAUACAUCAAUGUAAAAUUCGCAUAUCAAUGUAAUCUCAAAUUAAUAUGCUGUGUAAUGCAUAAUGACAACAUUCUUAUCGCACACUCAACAAUUUUGUCUCUCAACUCUUCUAAAUUUUUUGGCCUACAAAACUCGUGGCUGUAAAUGGUCUCUUAACAUAACCCACAAGAAGCAGUCAUGGAGACAAAUCGAGGGAUCUAGGCGGCCACCUAGGAAAAGUAUUUGUUGAAAAUUCUUUUACUCUAAUCGCAUUAUGAACGGGUCAGCCGUCUUUUUGAAAGUGCACAAAUCCUAACUCCACAUCAGGAAGGGCUUGAACGGUAGGAACAAUUUGGUUUCUAAGUAACUCUAGAUAUUGUUGUGCAUCCAAAUUUUCAUUAAUGAAAAAUGGGCCUAUGACAUGGGCACCUAAAAUAUAAUUUUUGAGGAUACUGGGUACGGUGUUCAAAACAUGUGUUCAUUAUCUCGAGGCCCAUAGAGAACAAUGGAUGUAUUGUGUUUACCAUGCAAUGGAAAAGAAGAUUCAUCAGUGAAGAGAAUAUUUUUUAGAAAAUUAUUAUCCUGAUCUGCUUUUUUGUACCCAUAUUUUUUCCAAAUAUUGGUAACAGUUUUAUUACUGAUAUCCAGUUCCUCUCCACGUGUAAAAUCCACUUCAGUAACACUACAAACCAUUUCAUCCCGCCGUUCUUUAGCUUGAAACCUUUCGACAGGCGGCAUUUGCUUCAUGUGGCAUUGUUUGCAGUCUUGGAGGCAGAAAAAUUUCUCAAAAUUUGAAACAUUUAAAAUGUUUUUUUGGGCAAGGAUUGGGUCUGUCCUCAAAAGUUACUGCAAAUAAAUCCCUACAUUCUGUGGCCGAAUUGCCACCGUAAUACCAUUUAAUUAUUUGUACUCUUUCGGAAGGGGUAUAAACAGCCAUAACAAAUUGAAAUUAUUUAGAAAAACGAAAAGAACGCUUGUAGUUUCAGUAGCACCGCAGGCUGAACUCGGUCGGCGUCGGCGGUCAAGUGUGAUCGCGUCACCUGAGAAGGAGACAGUGUUGCCGUUAUUUAGCCUAAUGCGUAAUCCUUCAUAACACAACCUAUAUAAUUGCUUUGUAAUGUAAAAUAACGCAUUGUUUCGAUACCGAUACAGCAACAAAUUCACAUAAUUUGACUGAGAUCAAUGAAGCGGCUCGAGCCGCUAGACGCAUCCUCCUUCCCGCAUUUCCACAAGCUAGCAGGUGCCGCCUUCUCGGUUUUAUGGCUUAUUAACGACUGUAGACAUAAAAACCGUAAUCAGGCACUAUAAGUAUGUUGUGAACUAUAUCAAGAAGUUCCAUUGGUUAGUUAGUAUACGGAAAGGUCGCACCCCUACUUAUUUUUCGAACGGAUCAAGUUAGGGAACUGAAAUUCGGGAUGAUAAAAUUGACGUAUGCUAUGUUCUAAUGCAAAAAUAUCAGUUGAAAAUUUCAAGAUGGCGGCUGGGCUCUUAUCUUGUAAAAUUGUUUUAAAUGGAAUGGAAGGGUUAUUUGAUAUUUUAUUUUAAAGCUCCUUUAUAACCCUAGAAUAAAAAAUCACUAUCUUUCAAAAUAACGGAAUUGUAGACUGACAAAGUUGAGUGUUUUUGUACAUUGUACAUUGAAUCACAAUUAGUCAUCAAAACGUUAUAGUUCGUUUUAUUAAUAUCCUUCUUUUGGAAGAGUCUAUUUGAAUAUGCAAAUUUUUGUAUGACACUCCUUUUAAACAAAUUUGACAUAUUUUGACAUUUUUUUUAAUGGAUUGUUUUAUAUUGUAUUACACAUUCACACAUGCCCUUCCAAGAGAAGAAACUUGAUAUAACACAUUUUUGACAGCCUGCCAGAUCGUCAUUUUGAAAGAUAGUGAUUGGAAAGAGGGAUUCUGAAUACUGAUAAUAUUAAUAUGAUACAUGAGACUCUAUAUAGAGUGUUGGAAUUGUCAAAACUCAGAAGCUAAAAAAUGGCACAUUUACAUUGAAAACACUCCCUAACCUCUAUCUUAAAAAGUGUUAAUGAUUGGAUACUUUUUAUAUGCUCUGGUGGUUUGUUAUACAACUGGUUUUCAUAAUUGUGGGACUUUUUGAAGUUAAUGAUAACAUGUGAGCUACAGUAGUUGGCUAGAAUGAUGGUCUGUAAUGCUGGGUAGUAGCAGAUCCUCUUUGGAGCAUCUAAAAUUGCUCAGAAGGAGGGGUAACACAUGACCCCUCAGUCUAUAGUUGUCACGAUUUUUGGCCGUUACGUCAUCAACGCCAUAUGAAAUAAGUAAACAGAUCGAGUCUCCGUACCAUGGGCGGAACACUGCAAAGACUAAUUUUCAGCGCAUCUGCUACUCUCUCCAGUACCCAUGAAGUGGUAACAGGGGACGGCUGUUUUCAUUCUCUUCCUGGAAAUACUCUAAUAAAUUUAGCACGAGCUGUCGGUCUCCUCCAUUGAUCGUAUUUCCGGGCAUUGUACAAUUUUAUAUUGAAGAUUGAUGACAGGACAACUCAAAUGCCUAUGUCAAGUUGUCACUCUGGCAAAUAUGAUUAAAGGGCACUCAUACGUAACGACAAAGUUUUCGAGACGGAGACACACAACUAAAAAACAUGUCUUUGAGCUUACCGAACAAACGUCCACACACAGGGGGGGGGAGGUUGCAUGUGUAUGUAUGAGGUAGAUGGAGAUAUAUAAAGGGAUACAGGCAGUCUUACUUUGACCCGUCAAGAACGGUUAAUACAACUAUAUUUAAAAUAAUAUUCCUAAAUAGCGCCUAUCAGCAGUCUUGGAAUUUUCAAUUGUCACUUUUAUGCUAAAACAUGGAAUUCAUGCAUCAAUUUAAUUACCUCUAAGUUCAACUCAAUAACUUGACCUGUUCAAAAAAUACGUAGAGGAGGGAUCUUUUUGAAAUGCACAGUUUAUAAAGACAAAAUGCAGAACCCAACUAAUUGCUGAAUAGAUACUUAUUUAUGCAGAUUGUGAAACCUAAGCCAGACCUGUAUCAAUAUGAUACAUCUAGAUAGAUGCUAUCUCAGUGAUUUUGGUGUUCAUAUCUGUAGAAUCUAUUCGCCAUCAAACGUCAAAAUAAUAAUAGAUAAGCAAAGGUCACUUUCUUUGACAAUUCUACUGUCUCUCACAAGAGCUAAGGCAAUUAAUUCUCCAAAGUAAAGAUGCGCUAAGGAACGAUUAUGCCUUCGGCACUAAGAGAUCAAAAGUCCUUGAUUAAUAAUCCAGAAUCCAAAAUGUUCAGGAAAGUACAAUACAUCUCGAAAAGUAAGUAAAAAUGUUGCCAGAUUCCCAUUUUGAAUUCUGUUGUGCAUAAUAUUUGAAAUCAUCUUUUUUAAUAUGGGAAUAUAUGUAUUUCGAAGAAAUACUGAUAUUUAGAGCUCUCUGUUAAUGUCAGAUUGAUGUGUUCUACAUGAACAUAGCCAACCUAAUAAUCUAUGACAAUUUAUGACAGCUAUCGUUCUCCUCUAUGCAUUAAUUAGAAAUCUACUUUGAAAAGAAAAUAUAUAGAUGGCGAUGUAUCCAGCUAUACCGGGUGUUUCAAUUUCGACCAUCACCAUUCGGAUCUCGGAAACGGUAAGAGAUACGAAUUCUCUUAAAUAGGGGCAAAGUUGCAUAUUUAGGCAAUAAACAAAACGCCGCUUAGAAAGUUUCAAAAUUUGAAGUACUUCCUGAGAAAGACCGAAAAACCGAAUGUUUCCAAAAUCGUUUUAAUUUUUCCAAAGUCGUUUUCAUUUUGUCCUGACU